CAGGCAGAAGAGAGCGCUUCUGAGUUGAAACUGUGUGUGAGAGAGAGAGAGAGAGAGAGAGAAAAGGAGGACAGAAUGUCGAUACCAUUUUCGAGAAUUGCUUGGGGGAGGCCGGAGGAGGCAUCUCACCCCGAUGCCCUCAAGGCCGCCCUCGCCGAGUUCAUCUCCACCCUCAUUUUCAUCUUCGCCGGAGAGGGCUCCAGCAUCGCCUUCAACAAGUUGACGGACGAUGGGUCGACGACGCCGGCCGGGCUGGUGGCCAUAGCUCUGGCCUACGGUCUCGGCCUGUUUAUCGGCGUCUCUGUGAGCGCCAAUAUCUCGGGGGGACACGUGAACCCCGCCGUCACCUUCGGCGCCUUCAUCGGCGGCAACGUCACCUUCCUCCGCCUCGUCCUGUACUGGAUUGCCCAGCUCCUCGGCUCCACCAUCGCCUGCCUCCUCCUCAAGUUCACCACCGAUGGCCUUUCGACGCCGGUGCUCACACUCUCCAGCGUGUCGGUAUGGGACGGGUUGGUGUUCGAGAUCGUGAUGACCUUCGGGCUGGUCUACACCGUGUACGCGACCGCCAUAGACCCGAAGAAGGGAACGCUCGGUACCAUUGCGCCGCUGGCUAUUGGUCUCAUCGUGGCUGCAAACGCCUUGGCCGGAGGGCCAUUCACCGGCGCUGCCAUGAACCCGGCAGUCGCCUUCGGCCCUGCCCUCGUCUCCUGGACCUGGACCUACCACUGGAUCUACUGGGCCGGUCCCCUCAUCGGCGCCGCCAUCGCCGCACUCAUCUACGAGCACAUCUUCAUCACCCGCACCCACGAGAGGCUCCCCACCGGAGAAUGCUAGAGGAAACUAAGACCCGUGAGGUCUAGGUUCACUUUCUUUGCUUAAUUUGCUCGUGCAAUUCACUGGUGGUGAUCCAUCACUCCUCUGCUCUUCCUCUCCCUCUGGCUGCGAAGAUGUGAGGUUUUGCUGACGUUGGUGGCGAUGGAUCGUGGACUCUCUGUCUCCCUCUUUCUUGUUGUAUUCUUGAAUUCUCUCGGUUCUUCUAUUGUGUGAUUUUCCUCCUGAUCUGUUCGUGUUGGAGUGCUUUAAUGUGCAUGCUUAGCCGCAAAUUAAAUUCUCUCUCA